AUGAUCGACAAACCAAAGCGAAAAUCUGAACGAUUAAACAGGCGAAAAGUCACCCUACUUAACAAAGCAUAUGAGAUAUCGAAAUUUUGUGAAGUGGAUGUGGCGUUGAUUUUACGUAUCCGCAAAACUGGCCAGUAUAUCACUUAUACUUCAACUGAUCUUGAAUCAUGGCCACCUACCAAAGAGCAGAUCCAAUUGUCGUAUCCGCUUCCAAUAAACUUACUUUCAAAGGAUAUUGAAGCUCAAGUUAAGAAAACAUCGACCUGUGGUUCGAAUACUGCAUAG